AUGUCGUCAUCACUGAAUCAAGAGACUGGUUUUCUGUUGGCUCGUGUUGGAGAAAAAGUGAAAAUGCGAUGCACCUAUGAAGGUAAUGAGCCGGCGUGGAUCUGCUGGUACAUGCAGACUCUUGGACAGAAGCCAAAGCUCAUGUCCAGCAUGUUUGUGUACGGUACAGAAGUCACCUUCUAUGAGGAAUUCAAGAAUAGCUCACAUUACGUCAUAGAGAAAGAAGAACAUUUGCAUUAUUUGACAAUAAUAGAUCUAAAAAUGUCAGACUCAGCUACAUACUACUGUGCACUUAGCUAUAAACAAGUUCUGUAUUUUGGAAAGGGAACCACAGUCAGUGUUAAAGGUCCAGGUUUUAACAUCCAAGCUUCGGUCCAUCAGUUGGAAUCUGAAACCAUCCAGCCAGGAGCCUCUGUGACUCUGAACUGUUUGGUACAGAUUGAUAGUUGUGAUGGAGAACACAACGUUUACUGGUUCAGGAACUCAGAGGAAUCUCAACCAGGACUCAUUUACACCUAUGGAAGCAGGAAGGAUCAGUGUAUGAGCAAUUCCAGCACAAAAAGUCAAAUAUGUGUGCACAGCCUGUCGAUGAAGAACCUGAAUGCGUCUCAUACUGCAACCUACUACUGCGCUGUUGCUUCAUGUGGACAUGUUGUGUUUGGAAAUGGGACGAAGCUGAGCCUCUCAUGUGAGAAAAUGCACCUGGAUACCAACCAAGACACAGACAGAAUCCACUAUGCAUCAAUAAAUGUUGAUCACUCUAAUAGAUCUAGAAGACAAAGAAGCAGCACAGCGACUGAGUGUAUUUACUCCAAGAUAAGUCAGGACAAAUGAAUUAUUUCUUCCUGAAAAUCUUUAUUGCCUAUUUGGUUACAUUUGAUUAGCAGGUUCAAUACACUUUGUUGAUGCUCAGACAAGAUUUUGGUAUGAAUGUCAUUAGAGCAGCUGGUGU